GAUGUGUUGACGAGAAGAGUUGGAUAAAAAACGAUGAUACAGAAAAGGAGGAAUACACAAUCUUGCAGAUCGAUACACCCUUGCAAGAAGACAACCAGAGAGACAGCGAACAUACUCAUUCAUUUUCUUCACGACAAAUGGAGGUCAUCGUUGCCUUAUGUGACACCUUGUUACCCUCCAUUAACAUUUCAAACGAUCGUCUUCUCGAUGAUUCACUUCUCAACCUCUACCACACUUCAGCUUCCAUGAUCGGAAUUCCCCUUCAAGUUGCCAUGAUGAUGUCGACAAAAACGGAGCACCCGAAACAGUUCUUGGUUCAGUUGAGCUUAUGGUUGUUAUCAACAGCGAUGGGAACGUUGAUCCUGUGUGGAAGAGGAAGUUUGUCAAACCAGUUUCCUUACGUACAGAAAUUCUCUAGGGUUUCAAGUAAGGAAAGAGAAGCGAUACUGGUAUCAUGGUCUGUCAGUUACUUUUUUCUGUUGAGAAUGCUUUUUCGUGCACUGAAAUUCGUGAUUUCGUUGGCUUUCUUCACUCAGGUAAAUGAAAAGAAUGAAAACCCUUCUUGGAAAGCCAUUGAUUAUUGCGGACCAGACCCUGAUUUUGUUCCACAAAUUUCGCAUGCUUUCAACACCGACGACAUUCUCGGGCCGCUUUACACCGCCGUGGUCUGCCUGAAUAAACCCCGACAAAUGGUUGCAGAAGCCCUACAGAGAUCACGACUAGCCAUCUCAAUCCCUCGUCAUCCCAAGCUUACAUCUAUGGUUAUUAAAUGCGAUGUAGUUGUAGUUGGCUCAGGCUCCGGUGGUGGGGUGGUCGCCGGAGUUUUAGCUAAAUCCGGCUAUAAAGUUCUUGUCUUGGAGAAAGGGAACUAUCGUGCAAGAAGUAAUCUUUCUCUUCUUGAAGGUCCAUCCAUGGACGAAAUGUAUCUUGGAAAAGGAUUGUUGGCCACUAGCAACAUGGAGGCUGUAAUACUUGCAGGUUCCACCGUAGGUGGUGGCUCCGCCAUAAACUGGUCGGCGUCGAUCAGAACCCCACAACACGUACUGAAAGAAUGGUCGGAAUGUUAUGAACUGGAGUUGUUUCAGAGUGGAUUAUAUGAAGAAGCCAUGGAUGUCAUCUGCGAAAGGAUGGGUGUUCAAUCUGAAAUCGAAGAUGAAGGAUUCAAUAACACAAUUUUAAGAAAAGGGUGUGAAGAAUUAGGUUAUCCGGUCAACAACAUCCCAAGAAACUCACCUCCAGAUCAUUAUUGUGGCUGGUGCUGCCUUGGCUGCAAAGAUGGAAGAAAGAAAGGUACAUCAGAGACAUGGCUGGUGGACGUGGUGGAAUCCGGCAACGGUGCAAUUUUACCAGGGUGUGAGGCCGUGAAAGUUGUGCAUGAUCGGAAAAAAGGAAGAGAGCGGAGCACCGCCAGAGGGGUGAUGUUCGAGUUCCGACACCAAGAUGGUUCAAAAGAAGUUUGUUUGGUGGAGUCCAAAGUAACCAUCGUCUCAUGUGGAGCUAUGUGCACCCCUCAACUCCUUAAAAGAAGCGGAUUAAAGAAUCCCAGUAUAGGAAAGAACCUUCAUAUUCAUCCGGUGGCGAUGGCAUGGGGGCAUUUUCCGUUGGAGAGGUGGCCGGAAGUCGAGAAAAAGAGCUACAAAGGUGGAAUAAUGACGGCCAUGUCCACUGUCGUUGCAGAUUUCAAAGGCUCCGGUUACGGUGCCAUUAUACAAACACCGGCGUUGCACCCUGGUAUGUUCUCGGCAUUGAUGCCAUGGGUUUCCGGUUCCGACUUCAAGAAUCGAAUGACUAAAUUCUCAAGAACAGCCCAUAUAUUUGCACUGGCCAGAGACAAGGGUUCCGGCGAACUAGGGCAAAAAUCAUCGAUCAGUUACCAGAUGGACAUCAUCGACGAAGAGAAUCUGAAAAGAGGACUCGAGAAAUCCCUGAGAAUUCUGGCGGCUGCCGGAGCGGAAGAGAUCGGAACCCAUAACAACAAAGGGAGAACAAUAAACGUGAAAAAGGUGAGUUAUCGUGAACUGGAGAAGUUUGUGAGAGAAGAAAGCUCAAGGGCAUUGAGAGAUUUAUCAACACCGAUAUGUUCAGCACAUCAAAUGGGGAGUUGUCGGAUGGGGGUUACCGGAAAAGGGUCGGCGGUGAAUCCGAUGGGGGAGACAUGGGAGGUGGAAGGGUUGUAUGUGGCGGACGCAAGUGUUUUUCCGACGGCAUUGGGUGUGAAUCCGAUGGUUACAGUUCAAGCCAUUGCUUAUUGCACUGCUCAAUCUGUUCUUGAAUCUCUUAAGAGAAUGAAGGAUACUGGCUAUGGCAUCUGA